GUUGUUCUUACGUCACACGCGCACAAACGCACACAUGUGCAACGUCUCCGCGAAGAGAGAGCUUCGAAAACACAAGAAGAAUCCGCAGUACAACAAAAGUGAGAGCACAGUCGACAGCAGGUCGUUUUCUCUGUUUUGAAAUUGCUUUUUCGUAGCUCCCCAGGAUGCUGCUGCGACUCGUCGCCUUGACGAACCUCUGCCUAUGCCUCGUCCUCGCCACCCCGAACUUGAUCAGAGUUCCUGUGAAAAAAUAUGAAAGUCCAAGGAGAUAUUUAUCAAGUGUAGGAACCGAGCUCCAUCAGGUAAAACUGCGUUAUGGCUUGGGCCCGGUACCGGAGCCACUGUCCAAUUACUUGGAUGCCCAGUACUAUGGACAAAUCAGUAUAGGAACACCUCCGCAGAACUUUACCGUUAUCUUCGACACUGGAUCUUCAAAUCUGUGGGUCCCAUCAAAAAAGUGCCACUAUACCAACAUUGCUUGCCUAUUACACCACAAGUAUGACUGUACAAAAUCAAGCAGUUACAAAGUUAACGGGACCAAGUUUGACAUUCGUUAUGGCUCAGGAAGUCUCUCUGGAUUUUUGUCCACUGAUUCCGUUCAGAUUGGUGGAACCAACGUGAAAGAUGUCACUUUUGCUGAGGCCAUGAGCGAGCCUGGAUUAGCUUUCGUCGCAGCCAAAUUUGAUGGUAUCAUGGGUAUGGCUUACAACGCAAUUGCCGUUGACGGUGUCACACCUGUGUUUUACAAAAUGGUUCAGCAGAACCUAGUGCCCCAGCCUGUGUUCAGUUUCUACUUGAACAGAAAUCCAGAUGCUCCGAUUGGUGGAGAGAUGAUUCUGGGAGGAUCUGAUCCUAAUUAUUAUAAAGGUGAUUUCACUUACGUUCCUGUCUCACGCAAAGCUUACUGGCAGUUCAAGAUGGACAAGAUUCAAGUUAAUGACAAGACAUUCUGUCAGAAUGGUUGUGAAGCUAUUGCUGAUACUGGCACUUCUCUCAUCGCUGGACCCGUAGACGAAGUCAAACGGAUCAAUAGCGCGAUUGGUGCCACUCCAAUUGUUGGUGGAGAGUCUAUUGUCAGCUGCGAUGCUAUUCCCAAGUUGCCUGUCAUUGAUUUUGUAGUUGGUGGAAAGUCAUUUUCUUUGAAGGGCGAGGAAUACGUACUCAAGGUCACUCAAUUUGGCAAGACCAUCUGCCUGAGUGGGUUCAUGGGUAUUGACAUUCCUCCACCAAAUGGUCCGCUGUGGAUUCUGGGUGAUGUUUUCAUUGGGCGUUAUUACACCGAAUUUGACAUGGGAAAUGAUCGUAUUGGUUUUGCCGAUGUCAAAUGAGAAAUUAAUUCUUGAGAUUAAAAACCAUCAAUUUUCUUUUAUAAAUGCUACUGAUGAGUUUUGUUGUAUACACAUAUAGAUUGUAAGACAACUGUGAUGAA